AUGAAUGAGUCUAAUGAAUCAAUUGAAGAGAAAAAAUCAAUGUACACAAGUCCUGAAGCUACUAUUAUCUUUGUUACACUGUUCUGGACAAUAGUUACUGUCUCAUCUUGGAUAAUAAGAAGCGCUCUAUUAUGGUUGUUAGACACUUCCUUUACUCAACAACCUAAACAGAAUAUGAUCAAUUCAAAUGCCAAAUCGAAAUUGUUUGUUACAUUCCCUUCAUUAAAUAAUUUUAGAAAUUUAAUACGAGAUAAAUUUUCAUCAACUCCUCAAUUAGUAAUUAUGUUAGUGGAUGGUAUAGCCACAAUUGAAAUAUGUGCAUGCAGUUUAGAGUUAUGGCCUAUACGUGAAGUAUUUGGUUAUUGGGGUCUUAUGAUUGCUAUCAUGUUGAAUGGUAUUCGUUCAAAUUUAUUUAUUUCACUUGAUGCCUUUGGAAGUCCAUGUAAUCCAUGGUACAGAUUUCUGCUCGGUCGUACACAACUAAUUUGGAUGGCUUCAACAUGGGUCAUACAACUUUUAUCAGCAUCGAUAGCCCUUGAAAUAUGCAAAUUCUGGUGGUCAUUAAAAAUAACUAUUUAUCAAUCAGCACGUUAUGAAUUAGCUUUAAAGAUGUUGGAUCCUAAAAAUUUGAUAAAUUAUACUCCUGACUUGAAUGUGACAGUAUGGAUUGGAUUCCUUUGUGAAGCUAUAGGAACUUUUUUAGACUUUUAUCUUGUCACAUUGUUUUCAUGUGCUCUAAAAUAUUGGAAUUCACGAUCUAUCAAGUAUGAUUCGGAUACACUGACUACUACAAAUGUAAACGGGGCAAUAAUCAACUCUCAAGUUUCAUAUUCUUGUAGUUUAACAAGAAAACAAUUCUUAACUUCAUUCAUUCUAAGAACAAUGAUAAGUUUUAUACUUACAGCCUAUGGUCUUGGAUGGACAGGAAUGUAUCUGAAUCCAGCUAACGCUUUUAUUCAAUGCUGGAGAAUUGGGAGUAUUUCACCAAUCAGUCAUAUAAUUGUAUAUUGGCUUGGACCAAUAUUUGGUAUUUGGUUAUGUGUUAUAGUUGAAAAAUGGACUUAUAAAUUUCUAUCAAAGACUAGAUCUGAAGUCAGUUCUAUAGAUUAUAAGGUAGACAAUAACAAUUGUACAAAUGGUAACCACUAUACUACAAUAACAGAACCUAUGAAAAUGUCUUCCAAACUGAAUUCAAAAUCUCAAGAUAAGAUAAACAUAUCAGUCAAUUUCAUUAAAAAUCAUGAUGAAACAUUCUGUUCUCAUCGUUUCAAUCGAAUGCCAUCUGAAAGUUUAAAAGUAACCUAG